AUAAGCCUGCCUCGCAGCCACGCGCAAAAGGGCGCGUCCGUGUGUUGUAUCAACUGUGCGAGACCGAAAGACUGCAUCACAGCUCAUUCAAUUCCCAUCCAGACGCCGACUAGCACAGAAACACAAUCAUGGCCUCCGGAGUUACAUUGCAAGAUAAUGUGUUGACGAUCUUCAAUGCGAUGAAGGUCCGCAAGGCUCAGGCCAACGAGGAGGAGAGGAAGAAUAGAAAGAAGGCUGUUCUCUUCUGCCUUAGCGAGGACAAGAAGCAGAUCAUUAUGGAGGAGGGUCAGGAGAUCCUGCAAGGAGAUGAAGGCGAUCCCUACCUUAAGUUUGUCAAGAUGCUUCCUCCUGGGGACUGCCGCUACGCUCUCUAUGAUGCCACGUAUGAGACUAAAGAGACCAAGAAGGAAGAUCUGGUUUUCAUUUUCUGGGCUCCAGAUAGCGCUCCACUUAAAAGUAAGAUGAUCUACGCUAGUUCUAAGGAUGCCAUCAAGAAGAAGUUCACAGGUAUCAAGCAUGAGUGGCAAGUGAAUGGUUUGGAUGAUAUCAAGGACCGAAAGACCCUUGCCGAAAAGCUUGGUGGAUCAUCAGUGAUCUCUCUUGAGGGGAUGCCUCUAAACGAUUGAGGCAGACACAUUUCAGGGGUUAGCCGUUCAUUCCAACAUUGGUGGGGCAGAGGUGCCGACAUGUCUGUUUGUGGGGCCACAGUGUGGGCUAAUGUGGGUGGGGAGGGUUGGGUAAAAGUGACAGUUUCCAAACACAACACAUGAAGAAAGAUAUAGGCUGUCAUUCCAGUUCACACAUACUUCAAACAAGAUAAAAAAAAAAAAAUCUUAAAAAGACGAAAAAAUGAAGGAUGAGUAUUAUUAAAAAAAAGUAAUAUAACUGUAAAUGUGUACGGACAGGUUUUCGUUCUUUCUAGGUUCCAUUCGAUUGUUGAAAGAAAAGACUUAUGUUGGCAGUCGUUACAGUUCCACUAUUGCAUCCUACAGCAUACUAUUCGUUCUUAAGAUUUUUUUUUUCUUUUGCCAAACUUCUAGUUAAGUUUUCUAAGUUUGUAUGUUGUUGAGACUAGGUGUAGUACAAAACAAUUGACUCCAAAUUCACAGUUUAUUGGACCAUUCUGGGAACUCAUUU